AAUUAUGGCAACACUGACAGUGGCGCGCCUUCGUACGAGGUGAACGUGUUGCGUUCGUGUGUCAUUGAAAAUCAAAGUUUUCAUGUUUUUUUGGAAUUAACUCUUGAAAUCCUUAAAUAAUCUCAAAAGUGACGUUUUUGUGAUUAUGUGUUAUCAUCUCAUGUGCGGUGGAGGUACAAGAUAAGGGUGUUGGUGCAUGGUGGGGGUAAGGAGAAGGUGCGAAGAUGGGGGACAGUUUUCUGCAUCAAGGGGACAUAGUCUCCCUUCAUGCAGAGGGCACAGUCUCAGGAUUCCUGAGUACUUUGGGGUUGGUAGAUGACAGGUGCGUGGUCUGCCCCGAAGCAGGCGACCUGACUGAUCCGCCCAAAAAGUUCCGGGAUUGCCUGUUCAAGAUAUGCCCCAUGAACCGUUACUCCGCUCAAAAGCAAUUCUGGAACACAGCCAAGCAGUCUGCCAACAACAACACCGAUACUGGACUACUCAAGAGGUUACACCAUGCAGCGGAGAUAGAAAAGAAGCAGAACGAGCUGGAGAAUAAGAAACUACUAGGGACCAUUGUGCAGUACGGAAGCGUGAUACAACUGCUGCACGUGAAGUCCAAUAAAUAUCUGACUGUAAAUAAGCGCCUACCAGCGCUAUUAGAGAAGAACGCGAUGCGUGUGCAUUUAGACGCAAAUGGUAAUGAGGGCUCAUGGUUCUAUGUCAUGCCAUUCUACAAACUCCGGUCGACUGGCGACAAUGUGGUGGUUGGCGACAAGGUCAUCAUGAACCCCGUGAAUGCAGGUCAACAAGUCUUACACGUGUCCUCUAACCAUGAACUACCUGACAAUGCCGGCUGUAUGGAGGUGAACGUCGUAAACUCGUCGACGUCAUGGAAGGUGACGCUGUUCCUCGAACACAAGGAGAACCAGGAGGAGAUCCUGAAGGGUGGAGACGUGGUGCGGUUAUUCCACGCCGAACAAGAGAAGUUCCUGACGAUGGAUGAGUACCGCAAACGGCACCACGUGUUCCUGCGCACCACCGGACGAUCUAGUGCCACUGCGGCCACUAGUAGCAAGGCGCUUUGGGAGAUCGAGGUGGUGCAACACGACCCAUGCCGCGGCGGCGCCGGCCAUUGGAACUCGAUAUUCCGGUUCAAGCACCUCGCGACAGGACACUACUUAGCAGCAGAGGCGUGUAAUCGACCGCCUGACGCCCCAGUAGAGAUAGGCGAGCCAGCAUACCAGCUGGUAUCUGUCCCGCAUUCCUCAGAAAUCGCGACUCUGUUCGAAUUGGACCCGACCACCAUGACGCACUCCGACGCACCCGUGCCACAGAGCAGCUACGUCAGGUUACAGCACCUUUGCACGCAUACGUGGGUACAUUCAACUUCCAUACCUAUUGACAAAGAUGAAGAAAAACCUGUUAUGUCAAAGGUGGGGUGCUCAGUGGUGAAGGAAGAUAAAGAAGCCUUUGCCCUGAUCUCCGUAUCGCCAAGUGAAGUGAGGGACUUGGAUUUUGCUAACGAUGCUUGCAAGGUGCUCUCUGCCUUGUCGACUAAACUGCAUCAUGGAAAUAUAGAACAUAACGAGCGGAAGGCCCUAACGUGCCUGCUCCAAGACCUAGUGUACUUCAUAGCGGGCUUCGAAAAUGAGCCCAACAAGUCUGAAGCAUUGGAACUGGUCGUGGAGAACCCCAACCGAGACCGCCAGAAACUUCUGCGCGAGCAGUACAUAUUGAAGCAACUGUUCAAGAUCCUCCAGGGCCCGUUCCAAGAGACGACUGAAGGGGAGGCGUUUUUGAAGAUUGAGGAUCUGUGCGACCCUCGCUACGCCCCUUAUAAGUACAUUUUCCGGCUUUGCUACCGGAUACUACGACUCAGUCAACAAGACUAUAGGAAAAAUCAAGAAUACAUAGCGAAGCACUUCGGCUUCAUGCAAAAGCAGAUCGGCUACGAUAUCCUGGCCGAAGACACCAUCACGGCGUUGCUACACAACAACAGGAAGCUUCUGGAGAAGCAUAUCACGGCGUCUGAGAUCGAGACGUUUGUUGGCCUAGUCCGCAAGAACAUGAAGACCUGGCAGUCCCGUUUCCUGGACUAUCUCAGCGACCUGUGCAUCUCCAACAAGAAGGCCAUCGCCGUCACACAGGAGCUAAUCUGCAAAAGCGUGCUUUGCGCUAAUAACUCGGACAUACUUAUUGAGACCAGAUUGGCCUCGACAAAAUACGAAAAGACGAAGAUAUUGGAACCUGACGACAAGAGUAAAUACUCUGUGGAAGACGAAGUCAUAUUGCUGUGGAAUAAUAAAAAGAAUUCCCGGUUACUCUCAGAACUGGCGGCCGAGGCGCGCGUGAGCCCCGCAGGCGAGGCGGCGGCCAUCUUGGACUACUACCGCCACCAGCUCGACCUGUUCUCCAACAUGUGCCUCAACCGGCAGUACCUCGCGCUGAACACGCUCUCGCCGCAUCUACACGUGCACCUGAUCCUCAAGUGCAUGUCAAAUGCGGAGUUAUCCUACGAGCUGCGCGCGUCAUUCUGCCGCCUCAUGCUGCAUUUACACGCUGACCGCGACCCUCAGGAGCCCGUCACGCCUGUCAAGUACGCGCGUCUGUGGACUGAGGUGUGCGACCGCAUCCACAUACACGACUACCAGUGCGUGAAAGGUGGGCCAGACGCAACGCGCGAGAAAGUUAAAGAGCAAUUCGCUCUCACCAUCCGCUUCGUAGAGAACUAUCUCUGCAACGUGGUCACUCGCACCUGGUACUUCAGUGACCACGACCAGAACAAGCUCACCUUCGAGGUGGUCAAGCUGGCCAGAGAGCUAAUAUACUUCGGCUUCUACAGUUUUAGCGACUUACUCCGUUUGACGAAGACCCUACUCAGCAUACUUGAUUGCGUCACAGCCAUGGAUCUGCUGAAUGAAUCCAACACCCUUUCCGGGGAGGUGGAAUCUGAAGGGGGAGUACUGCGCAGCAUCGGCGAUAUGGGUGCUGUCAUGACUUCUAUCACCUUGGGUUCCGUCGCACGGAAUGUCGGCGGGGGUAGCGGCGGGGGUGCGGCAGCGGGCGCGGGGCUGCAGCGCAGUGCGUCGGCGCUCGUGCUCGCGCGUGAGCACCCGCUCGUCAUGGACACCAAGCUCAAGAUCAUCGAGAUACUGCAGCAUGGAUUCUUGAGAGGUCGCUCUACUGUCUCCAAUUUGUCUGUCUUCACCAACUAUGUCCUUGAGCACAUGGAAGGUGGCGGCCAGGUUGACGUGAUCUACACAGAUUUCGAAAAAGCAUUCGAUCGGGUGGAUCACGUCAUUCUGCUUCACAAGUUGGAGUCUCUGGGCAUACACGGUGACUUGCUGCGAUGGAUUGCCUCAACACGUACAUCAUACACCGACAACUGCCGCGAAUACCGAAUGCUGACGCUAGAACAACGCCGCAAAAUGCUGGACAUGGGGCUCCUGCAUGACGUAGUGCGCGGGCGCCUUGAUUGCCCGGAGCUCGUGGCGCAGUUGGCGCUGCGGGCUCCGGCGCGUCGCACGCGCCACACGACCUUGUUUGCCGUCCCGUCACAUGCCACUAACUACGGCAGCAAUGCUGUGCUAGCUAGACUCGCUAAUACUUAUAAUAGGGAGUUCAGUGAAAUAGAUCUUUUCAUGGGUAGCAAAAAAUUUUUCCUAGACAAUGUCAGAAAGAUAUUUAUGUGA